GAGAUCUCAUCCCGCUCAGACUCAGACUGCUUCUGGUUUUUGUCUCUCCCCCACAGGGACUUCUUACUGCUGAGCAGAAACCAACAGAUAUAUGAUUCAUUGUGACUGUCCAUGGGGGGAAUGAGUUAGCUAUUAUUCAGCCUAUGACAACCUUAAAAACAGGGCUGGGAAAUUUCUUAUCUUAUUAGAAUUUUGUUUACAUCCUCUAAAUCUCUGUGAAUCUUCCCAAACAGUUCCAUUCUUUCACACAUUUUGCUCCAGCCUUGAUCCAAAUUCAUUGCAAACUCAGGUCAGAAAACACAGAAGUUCAACUGCUGACGCAACUUAUCUCCCAUUGCUACAGUAAUCACACAGCCUGUGGGUAAAAACACCUCCUCUUGCAAACCAACGCACUCAUGUGCGUACAAACCACAGUUUCAACACAGCUUACUUUCCGUUUCUCUUCAGGAAGCUCCUGCUUUGUUCAGCAGCCCUUAGAUGUUUUUUAUCAUGCAAAUGAGCUGUAUGAACUCUGCUGUGCCGUUGCGGAGCACUGCUUUCCAAGCCGAUGGAAAUAUGUGUGUAACUGUAAAUGUCAUCUGUCUAUAUCUCCCAUGUAGUGUCAUACUCCUUCAGAACACCUUCGGUUGGAUGUUACAGACUGUUCAGAACUUGAGAGAAGCAUUUGAAAGUUUGCUGAAAUGACACCAGGUUCAAACUGCACACUCUUAAGGAAAGGGAUUGAAAAAAAUUGCUGUGUACGGUACAGACAACAGAAACCCAGAUCACGGUCAGUGACAAAGGAUCCCAGACCCAGAAAAUCCCCCGGCUUUAGUACCUGUCUGACGUUUUGCUUUAAGGACAAGGCGAGGAUGGAGCAAAGGGAGCCAUCAGUGGAUUCUCAUGUUGAGGGGACUGAAAGAAGACUCAGGGAAUUGGCUUCAAAGUGGUUCAUAGAAACUCAAGUUCCAUUCAUCAUCCAUAACGGCUUCUUCCCCACUUGGUUCCUGGGCUUCAUCACAAGAAAGGAGGCUGAAGAAAUACUCAGAGAAAAAGAGCUGGGCUGUUUCCUGAUCCGUCUCAGUGACAAGGCCAUCGGAUACAUACUGUCUUUUAAAGGCAGGGAUCGGUGUCGGCAUUUUGUGAUAAACCAAAGUGAAUCAGGGCAGUUUGUCGUUUGUGGAGACACUAAAGGGCACGACUCUGUCUCUAAUCUCAUAGAAUACUACAAGACAAGUUCCAUUCAGCCGUUUGGAGAGUACCUGACAUCUUCAUGUUUUGAGGCUUUGGAUAAAGAGCUGUACGAUACCAUCCAGGUUAGCCCUAAAGAAAAGCCUGUGGCCUGUGAAGCUGUGAAGAACAUACAAAAACCACAGAUAAUAUCGGCCUCAGUGCAGCCGCCUACACGACCACCAAAGAGCAACAGGACAAUAGAGGAAGUACCACCUUUGCCUCGGAGGAGCAGGCACCCCGAUAGUGGCCCCGUAAAUGACCUUUUGUAUGCUCAGCUCAGGAAGCAAAUACCUAGGAAGAUACCAAGAUCCCAACACAUCUGUCAGGACAAUUUCCCUGGCAAUAAUCCAGGGCGAGCUGGAAGAUCCCCAAAUCAGGAUCAGGGCAGGUGUAGCCCACCAGCUGGACCAGAGUCUGUUUAUUGUGAACUUGGCCUGUUGGACACCAAGAGCAGAUCUCUAACGCUUCUGGACAACAGCUCUGAUGGAGAGCAGUCUUACAGGCUGAGUGCACCCCCCCACACGCCACCAAGACAUUCCCCCAAGCCGUUCAGACAAGCCAAUUACUUUGGCCCGGCGCCAGAGAGGACAGACUUGUGCAGCAGAGCAAGCAGCUGCAACAGCCUGGACUACAUGAGUGACAGCGCUGUCUAUCACCUGGCUGGCAGGCCUGGUAGCCCAAUCACUACUCCCACUGGGGCAAGAUCAUUGGCGUCAGAGCAGCACAGUGCUUCAGUGUAUGCUGAGGUCCCCAUUGAAGCCGCUGUUGGCCGCUUCCCUCCUGACAACACAUAUGAGCUGAUUCCUGGCCACGAGAACACACCUAAACCCAACAACAACACUUACGAGCCUCUAGAGGACAUCAGACCCAAACAAAACCACUCAUCCUGGGGGUUGAAGAAUGAUAAAUGGAAAUGGCUGUUUCCUGAGGCCAAGAGGAAAUGGUGAAAAGGUUACCUUACCAGCUGCUGAUGAAAGUUUCACUAAUUUUACUAUGACACUACAGUGGCUGCCUAAUAUACAGUAGCCUACACUCUGUGAAAGUUUCUUUUACAUAUUCAACAUUAUCUUAGAUGUUCAUAGCUAUGCAAAGGACAUCUUCUGUAUUUUUGCUUUUUAAUGUAUUUAUUUUAAAAUGAUGAUGCAUUUACAUUUAAAUAAAUGAGAAAUUCAAAAAGGCAAAACUCAUAAUUCUUUUCUCCGGAGAAAAA